AUGGGUUGCACACAACCAUCGACGAGUGUUUUACCACAAAACCAUAUACCGAUUAAACGAUUAUAUGAUGGUAGAGGCUAUCCACUUACGAGAACUGCCCCAACGACUAUGAUUACUACAGCACCUAUACCAUCUUAUAUGAAAAGCGCAUUAAAAAAGACUGAUCCUUAUGAAACGCUGCAAACAGACGACAGGUAUCUGUUUAGACAACGAAAACCAUUAGCAACUAACAAGACAGUGAAUUUCGAUGAGCAAGUAUUAGUUAAACCACGUACACCAACGCCAAAUAAGUCAUGGUACGAGAAAAAAUCAUCGACUAUGCCAAUGAGACAUAAUCCACGCAACGAUGACGAUGACGAUGAUUAUGAUAACGAGGAAGAGGAGGAGGAGGAAGAGGAGGAGGAGGAGGAUAACGAUGAUGAAGUUUAUUCUGAUGAAGAACAACAAAGCAAUGAACAUAUGGACAAUAGAUCAAAUAUACCUAGAUUAGGAACUCCGAUUACAUUAAUAAAAAGAAAUCAACCAAAUGCAUUUUGGCGCAAAACUAAUGCAAUCGGAUUGACACCUUCAACAGAUUCAUUGCUACUGAAUGAAUCUCUUCCAUUAAACACACAACAGCAGCAUAAUUUUCAUAGGAAUACAAGUGCAACAGAGAAUCCAAUAGCUUCAUCAGGAAAUCGUAUAAAAGUACGACGAAGACUAUCCCAACUUGGUCCGCCACAAACUUUACCCGAUUCGUCAUAUGAAUCACUUCGACAAAGUUCAGCAGCUUCACUUCAUCCAUCUAUUGCACAACCUCCAGUCUUUACCGUACGUAGAUCUGCUGCGCAUCUUCCAACUGUUUUCCUGCAUCAGUCUCCUGGACAGUCUUCAACAAUUUCUGCUUAUCGAAUUCCUCAACAAGCUUUUCUUCAUCAGUCUACUUCUUUACAACCUAAAACUACUUCUACUCAACAAUUGCCUUCACAACCGUCUUUAGUUUCUGCAUAUCAUAUUCCAGCAAAAACUUCGGUCGUAUCUGCUUACCAAUAUCCUCCUGUGCAACCUCAAACUGGUUCUAUUCAACUAUCUUCUGUACAAAAUUUCAUUGCUCCUUCUUACCAGUCGACUUCUGCACAAGCUCAGACCAGUUCUUUUCAUCAAUAUCCACUGCAAACUUCAUUGGUUUCUGCUGCUCAAAUUCCUGCACAAACUUCCAUGGUUCCUCCAGUACAAUAUCUACCUAUACCGACUCAUCAAAUAUCUUUACAACCAUCUUCUGAAACCGUUCAUGUGCAACAGACUUUGCCGAAUACACAAAGUGUUCCUGCUGAAAAGCAAUCCUCGUCAACUAAAAGUGAACCAUCACUAUCGACUAUCUAA